CUCGCCUUGUCUAGCAGUUCCUGACGGGUAGCGGCUGUCAGGCCUUUCCGGGUGGUCCGCUUGUGAUCACAGACUCGGAAAGGUCGCUGGGGUGGUGGAGCCGAGGUCCAGACCUUUCGGCCCAAAUCGGCGCUCAUGUUGGAUACUGACCUGCCUCCCGGAAGGACAGAGGAAUGUCGGUCUGCUACCGUCCUCCGGGAAACGAGACGCUGCUGAGCUGGAAGACCUCGCGGGCCACGGGUACGGCCUUCCUGCUGCUGGCGGCGCUGCUGGGGCUGCCGGGCAAUGGCUUUGUGGUGUGGAGCCUGGCCGGCUGGCGGUCCGCGCGAGGGCGCCCCCUGGCGGCCACGCUCGUGCUGCACCUGGCGCUGGCCGACGGCGCGGUGCUGCUGCUCACGCCGCUCUUCGUGGCCUUCCUGACCCGGCAGGCCUGGCCCCUGGGCCAGGCGGGCUGCAAGGCCGUGUACUACGUGUGCGCGCUCAGCAUGUACGCCAGCGUGCUGCUCACCGGGCUGCUCAGCCUGCAGCGCUGCCUCGCCGUCACGCGCCCCUUCCUGGCGCCCCGGCUACGCAGCCCGGCCCUGGCCCGCCGCCUGCUGCUGGCCGUCUGGCUGGCCGCCCUGGUGCUCGCCACCCCGGCGGCCGUCUACCGUCACCUCGGGGCGGACCGUGUGUGCCAGCUGUGCCACCCGUCGCCCGCCCACGCCGCCGCCCACCUGAGCCUGGAGACCCUGACCGCCUUCGUGCUGCCCUUCGGGCUGGUGCUCGGUUGCUACGGCGUGACGCUGGCGCGGCUGCGGGGCGUCCGCUGGGGCGCCGGGCGGCGCGUGACGCGGGUGGGCCGGCUGGUGGGCGCCAUCGUGCUAGCCUUCGGCCUGCUCUGGGCCCCCUACCAUGCCGUCAACGUGCUGCAGGCGCUCGCCGCGCUGGCUCCGCCCGAAGGGGCCUUCGCCAGGCUUGGCGGGGCGGGCCAGGCGGCGCGAGCCGGAACCACGGCUCUGGCCUUCUUCAGCUCCAGCGUCAACCCGGUGCUCUACCUCUUCAGCGCCGGGGAUCUCCUGCCCCGGGCGGGUCCCCGCUUCCUCCUGCGGCUCUUUGAGGGCUCCGGAGAAGCCCGAGGGGGCGGCCGCUCUAGGGACGGGACCUUGGAGCUCCGAGCUACCCCUCGGCUCAAAGUGGUGGGGCGGGGCGGCGGCAAUGGAGACCCUGGGGGCGGAGCGCAGAAGGAUAGUCAGGGUUGGGACCCUUGACGUCAAACCCUACCACCAGGCCUGCUCUUCCCUGUUCCCUUCCAGCGCCCCCUUGGAACUCAGGGAACCACUCUGGAUGGUUUGGGGAUCCUUCUCCCGCCAGCGCUGAGAUCUCUCUGGGCAGAAUUAUUAUACAUCUGGGGCAGGUCCAGGUUCCUCCCAGGACUGGGAGUGGUGAUGGCCCGUAUUAAAGAAUAUCAUGUACCUGCAGGCUGGCUUGUGCCCGUGUGCCAGAGCUGCUAACUUGUUGCCAAUAGCUGUUGUGAAAGACACUGUGAAACUGUGUGAAAUACAUUACAGAAUGGCUUAAGAGUGCUCCCUCCAGUGGUUCAUCCUACUUGAAUGAAACUACACCGUGUUCACCUAGCUCACUGCUGGGUCAGGCCAAGGCUGGGCCAUGCAAGCCCUCGGUGGCAUCUUAACCUGUCCUCCCCAGCCCAGAUGGCCUGGUUCCCCCAAGCCAACCCAUAGAAUCGCUCUGGAAAUAGAAGGAGAAAGAGGAAGGCAAGGUGUGAGUGAUUGGCAGAGGGAUGGUGAUAAGAUCUAUUCUCCAGGUCUGUUAGAGCUAAGUGGGUGUGAAACUGGCCCUGGGAAGGGAAAGUCAGUCUGUAGGGUUUGAAAGGAAAGUUUUCUUGUCUGUCUUGUGGUUGGAACAGUGAGGGAGGGACCUUGAAGUUGGAGACUUGCCUUCUCUGAAUGUAACUCUCCCUGAAAAGGUAACCUGACUCAAAAAAGGAGCUCAGGAGCAGACACUCAUUCACCCAGGAGGCUUCUGGGGGUUGGAGUUGAGGGGUAUGAGGAACGGUGUGGAUAUCUGGAAGACAAAAAGAAUUUUUCAGGGAGAUGCCACUUCUCCUUUCUCUCUUUUUCCUCUCUGCCAAGUCUUGGCUUCUCCCAAGACUGCUAGCUGUUCCUCACCUCCCCCAGUACUUCUCGGUUCCCAUCUUUUGGAAUCUCUCUAGGUCUCAAAACUGUUCUGGAUCCUGACAAUUUUGAGUUUGGGAAUGUAGGAUGGGGUACUUUUUAGGGGAUGUCCAUGUACACGCACGUGUGGUCACUAGGGUAACCAGCUCAUCUCCAUUUGCUUAGGGCUUUCUCAGUUUUAGCACUGCAAGUCUCUUGUCCCAGCCCCCUGAGUCUCUAACAAACUUAGAUGCUUGAUUACCUGAGUGGUCCCACCGACCAUCACCCUAGGUUCUGCUUUUGUGACUGUUCACACCACCCAGGCAGAAGUCAAGUUAGAGGAAAUCCAGUCCUCAGGGUCAGGCCAGGGCCACCAAAACUGGGGUUGGACAGAGCUCUGGACUUGGGGGUGGGGCAGAAAGUAUGGUUAGAGCAUCUAGUCUGGGGCAAAGGGAGAAAGAUCAUAGAGAUGGAGGUGGGGAGCGAUGUGGAAGAGGAGGCAAAGACAACGUAGUUCCUGUCAGAAGGGGCCUCUGGGUGACCCCAGAGCUCUGAGCCAGAAGCUUCUAUCCCCAAACACUGACUUCAUGGCUUUCUUCCUGUCCUCGCGCACCAGAGCAGAGGCUUCCUAACUUCUGUUACACAUUCCCCAUCCCACAGGCCGUCUGUGGUCAGAAAGCUCUUCCUCAACUCUGCCUCCAGUUCCUGCUGCGGUUUCAGCCCAUUUCUUUUCAUCAUAUCCUCUAGCUGAUAGCUGCUGGGUCAACUCUGCUCUGGCUCGUCUCUUUUUUUAUUUCUUAAAAAAAUUUAAUUUACUUAUUUUUUGCUGUGCUGGGUCUUCGUAGCUGUGCACGGGCUUUCUCAAGUCAUGGUGAGUGGGGGCUACUCUCUAGUUGUGGUGUGUGAGUUUCUCACUGCGGGGGCUUCUCUCAUUGUGGCUCAAAGGCUCUAGAGCUCGGGUUCAGGAAUCGUGGCACACAGGCUUAGUUGCCUCUUGGCAUGUGGAAUCUUCCUGGAGCAGGGAUUGAAUCCAUGUCCUCUGGCAGGCAGAUUCUUAACCACAGGGAAGUCCUGCUCUGGCUUUUCUCAAAGCAGGAAAGCUGGGGCCACUACAAAGAUUAAGCGACCUCAAUGACCACCAUUCCACUCUUACCCAUUACCACCAUUACACAUAUUUCCCAAGAAGGGGAGUUGGAAGGGAAGCAAGAAGGCUAGUGAUUGGAUUGAAGAUUAGACUUCUUGGUUCCUAGCUUCUGCGGGAGAGUCAAGAAGAGGAGCGUGCCCUCUUUCCAGGGAGGGGGAAGAGUGGUCCUUUUGGGGGAUGUUUCGCUUUCCACAUUCCUGGUUUUCCCCCUCUCUCACACCUGCUUCUGGUGCUCAUCUCUGCUUUCCCUCUGUGUUUAAGGUGGGACAGAAGUCAGCUGUGGGAAGGUAGGAAAGAGGUGGUACUGACUUACUUGCCCAGCGCCCACAUCUUAAGUCAAUUCAUGUGGCAGCAUAGCCACACUGGCAAGUGCAAGGCAAGUGGUUCAGGAAGGGGAAGAAAUUGUCGCUCUCUGCAGUGGCGCCCCACUCCAGCACUCUCGCCUGGAAAAUCCCAUGGACGGUGGAGCCUGGUAGGCU